AUGGACGAGCUCGCCGCAACGCUCAAAUCUGUGGGGAUUUCCGAUGUGCCCCAAUUUCCGAAUGCGCACCCAAACAUCAAUCCUAUUGACAUCUACCGUGCUCACUUGACCGAGAUUCUUGCGCCUAUUUCAGGAGUCGACGCCAAGAUUAUCUAUCCCGCACUACAAUGGACCCAAACUUUGGACAAAGGUGACCUGAUUCUGCCUGUGCCGGCUCUCAGAGUCAAGGGAAAGAAGCCCAAUGAGCUUGCGGCUGAACUGGGUGAUAAGUUUCCCGAGUCUCCGCUCGUUGAGAAGCCGCUUGUGAAUGGCACUUUCCUUCAAUUCUUUUUCAAACCCGCCUCUUUAACCAAGAUUGUUCUGCCGUCUAUUCUCAAGAACCAAGAAUCGUAUGGUUUGAAUCCCUUCAACGGUUUGCGCGAUGCAGCCGACGCUUCAAAAGGUCGCAAGAAGAUUGUCGUAGAGUUUUCCUCGCCCAACAUUGCAAAGCCCUUCCACGCUGGCCAUCUUCGAAGUACCAUCAUUGGAGGAUUCCUCUCCAACCUUUACCAAGGCGCCGGAUGGGAUGUUGUCCGAAUGAACUAUCUUGGUGAUUGGGGAAAGCAAUAUGGUGUGCUUGCAGUGGGCUAUGAGCGCUUCGGUGACGAGCAGAAGCUCCUCCAGAACCCCAUCGGCCACCUUUUCGAUGUCUACGUUAAGAUCAACGAUGUCUCCCGCGCCGAGAAAGAGAAGACGGACCCCCUGAAGAAGGAGAUCGAGGACGGAAAGGCAAAGGGCGAGGACGUUUCCCAGAAAGAGAAGGAGCUGGAGCGCCUUCUUGAUGAGAGCAUUGACGAGCAGGCACGGAAAUACUUCAAGCGCAUGGAGGGAGGUGACAAGGAUGCACUCGCUGUGUGGCAGAAGUUCCGCGAUCUCAGCAUUGACCGUUACAAGAAGACCUAUAGCCGUCUGAACAUUCACUACGAUGUGUACUCCGGCGAGUCUCAGAUAAAAGAAGAGAGCAUGAACAAAGCGGCGAAGCUCCUGGAGGAAAGGGGCGUAUCGAAGGUUUCGGAUGGAGCGGUUAUUGUCGAUCUCACUCCUCAUUCGAAGAAGCUGGGCAAGGCCCUCGUGCGGAAGAAGGACGGUACGAGCUUGUACUUGACGAGAGAUAUUGGUGCUGCCGUGGAACGUCACGAGACAUACAACUUUGACAAGAUGAUCUAUGUCGUUGCAUCGCAGCAAGACCUGCAUUUGGCUCAACUCUUCAAGAUUGAAGAGCUCAUGGGAAACAAGCACAUUUCUGACAAGUGCCAGCAUAUCAACUUUGGUAUGGUGUUGGGCAUGAGUACUAGAAAGGGAACAGUGAAGUUCUUGGAUGACAUUCUCCGCGAUGUUGGCGAGAAAAUGCACGAGGUCAUGAAGACGAACGAGACCAAGUACCAGCAGGUUGAGAACCCUGAGGCUACUGCUGAUAUUCUUGCCAUUUCCUCUGUCAUGGUCCAGGAUAUGAGCGCGAAGAGAAUUAACAACUACGAAUUCUCGCUGGAGCGGAUGACAUCCUUCGAGGGCGAUACAGGCCCAUACCUCCAAUAUGCGCACGCCCGUCUUUGCAGUAUCACCCGCAAGGCCGACGUUCCUCGCGAGGCGUUGGCUACCGCUGACUUCUCCCUCCUCAAGGAGUCCCACGCCAUUGAUCUUAUUCGCUCGCUCGCACAGUGGCCCGACGUGUUCCAGAAUACGCUCAAGACUCUUGAGCCUGUCACUGUGCUCACCUAUCUGUUCAAGAUGACUCACAUGCUGAGCUCAUCAUACGAUGUACUCAAGGUUGUCGGCAGUGAGCCUGAAGUCAAGGUGGCCCGUAUGGCUCUUUACGAGACUGCCAGACAGGUUCUCAAUAACGGAAUGCGGCUGUUGGGUUUGGACCCUGUUGAGCGGUAA